AUGUUACUUUUAGCCUGCAAGGUUUGUGCGAUUCAUUGCUUAUCAAGGAAUAUAGUUAGAUCAAAUGCUUUCUCAGACCAAAACCAUUGCUUUGUUAGGGCAACUAUUGACAGGUACAAGAAAGCAAGUGCCGAUUCAUCUAAUUCUGUCUCCACUUCUGAAGCUAAUACUCAGUUCUACCAACAAGAAGCCAACAAGCUGCGCAGGCAAAUACGAGAGAUACAGGAUCUCAGGGGCACAGAAACUAAAAUUGAGAAAGCCAUUGCCAGAAUCCGUACCAAGAAAGAGCUAGAGCUGCACAACGCCAACAUGUUCCUCCGAGCAAAGAUAGCUGAGAGUGAAAGAGCAAAAGAGCUGCAAAUGAACUUGAUGCCAUCAGGAUCAGAGUAUCAACAGCAGCCCACCAUAACAUCUUCACAGUCUUACGACGUUCGUAAUUUCCUUCCAAUGAAUAAUCUGAUGGAAACCAAUCACCACUACUCUCCAGAUGACGAAACCGCCCUCCAGCUCCUAAUUGAAGGAGAGUUCUGCUUUGGAUUUGGCACUCAAAUUCCAGACGGGAGAUCUGAUGUCUUGAUGAUCAAUCUGUACUUUCUUAAUUAAGGCCUUGUAAUAUGUACUAUAGACCCACUGUAUAUGUAGGGCUCAUCAACUAUGUUUUGUUCAAUGUAAAAGCUAACUACUUUGUCUCUGACUACUCAAUUUGGUCCAUGAAUCCUUUGAAAUAUGGUUGGUUUUGGUGUGGC